AUGGAGCUGAGUGAGCAGUCCAUCCAUGAUGUUAUUCACCCGACCGCAGCGUUCUCCAGCCACCGUUCCAACGGUGAUGAUGCAUCAUCGUCUGUUAGGCUGGCGGAGACGAACUGGCAGACGUCCUCUCUCAAUCCCAAGAAUCGCAUCGACAGCCUUGACAUGCCAAAACACCCUCUGUGGGAAAUUGACGGAUGCACAGCGUUUGGCGGCCAGUUCUAUGCCGUCCCGCUCUUUCUGGACCCCAUGCGCCCGCUGCGUGUAGAUGUCUUCAUCCCCGAGCCCUCAAAGCUCCCUCUAAAUAUCCGCGAGCUGCUUGAUGUCGAUGUUACAUUUCACACCAGGGACAAGGAGCGCAUCUCCAGACUUGGACUUACACGGCAUGUCCUACGCAUCCUCCAGUUCUGGGUUACCAGCAUGGAAGACCCGCGGAAAAUAUACAAGAACCUCCCCUUUGGAUCGAGAAUCGUCCUCCAGAACAUCCCCAUCAAUAUCUCCCAGGCGAAUAUCAUCGUUGCACCUUCCCAUGCACUCGAAAUGCAGCUGCUGUCGGUGCCGGAGCUGGAGGCUUUCUGGGGCCCCGACAUCCAGCUCCCGCCCUGUGUCGACAUCGGCGAGGUUGCAUACAUGUCGCAGCUGCAUGACAGCGUCUGCCUCGUCACCAUCGGCGGGCGAGUGUGGAUUUUCAAGGCCCUGACGAGCUACCCGAAGUAUCUAUAUCACGAGCUCCGGCAGCUCCUCAAGAUCUCGCCUCAUCCCAACAUCGUGAGCCAGCCGGCUCACCUGGUCACCAAGAAGUGCAGCUUCGGCGGCAAGACGGCCGUCCUGGGCUUCACCCUCGAAUACCACCCUCCCGGAAGCCUGCGCGACUUGAUCCCCUUCCUCCAGCUCCACGGCAACGUGGGGCUGCAGGACAAGGUCAAGUGGGCGGUGGAGCUCUCCUCUGCUCUCGUCCAUCUCCGCGAGAACUCGAAAACCUUCUACCCGGAUCUGAGACUUGACAAUAUCGUCUUGUCGGCGGACGGCAGUGUGGUCAUGGUCGACUUCGAGCAGCGUGGCGUCUGGUGCGAGUUCGCUGCCCCCGAGGUGAAUGCCAUCGAGUACAUACGCUUGCUGGCCAUCGAUGAAGAGAUACCCGAGUCCACUUCCGCCCAUUACUCUCAGCUGCUCUCCAAGAUGCUCCCGCACUGGGAAGACAUGGGCCAGGGAGAGGACUACAGAUGGCCCUCGGACGGGUACAACAUCCCCUGGUCCUGCCUCACCCAGAAGGAGCAGGAGUCGUGCGAGGUGUACAUGCUCGGCCGGGUCCUGUGGUGCAUCUUCGAAGCCAAGAGCGCACCCCAGCGGGCCGCCGCAUGGCUCUCCUACCGCUGGGAGCCCAUCGUGGAGUUCCCAGACUACACCGGCAGAACGCCAGGCCCCUUGAGGGACCUCAUCGACCGCUGCACCCGGGGCAGGCGGGCCGGGCUCAGCAAGCACAUAGUCCGGGAGGGAAACCAGCUCGUGCUACGAAGGCUCGAGGGCACAGGCCUGUCGACCCCCGAGGAGGUCCAAGACACGGCGAAGAAGUGGUGGGCUGAGGAGAUACAGGCGUCCGAGGAUUGGCUGCACGCGCGUCUGCAAGGCAUGGAGCGAGGGGGCUGGAAUGAGAAUUACUACGACCGGCCCAGCCUGCGGGAAGUCCAUGCCGAGCUCAGGGGGUUCGCCGCUUAG